GAAACGGGUACCGGGAAAGUAAAAACGGCUGAAAAUUGCGAAGGGCCGCCGGCGCUGUUACCGGAGGAGAAGCUGCCGAAUCAAAUCUGAUUGAAGUCUCGGAGUCGAGGAACUGGAAUAGAGACAGAUAGCUACCUCCGGAAUCUGAAAUCGGGCUCUGCGGCUGCUACUGGAUCGUGGCACUUCAGAUGAUAAAGUUGUAAUUGCCUGCACUGUGAAUUCUACUGAAACUUGGAAAACUUUCUGAAACAGGAAGCAGGAAGCUUUUCUUCAAGCCAUCGAUUAGAAGGGGAAUCAGAGAGAAAUGGAGUCCAAGCGAAGCUCCAAGUUGAAUAUCGCCAUUCUUCACCCUGACCUUGGAAUAGGUGGAGCUGAGAGGUUGGUUGUCGAUGCUGCUGUUGAACUUGCAUCCCAAGAUCACAAGGUUCAUGUUUUUACAGCUCACCAUGACAGGAACAGAUGCUUCGAGGAAACUGUUGCAGGCACCUUUCCAGUUACUGUCUAUGGUUCCUUUCUUCCCCGUCAUAUAUUCUACCGGUUUCAUGCUUUAUGUGCAUACUUGAGGUGCCUCUUCGUCGCUCUUGGAAUGCUGUUCCUUUGGCCAUCUUUCGAUGUUGUAGUGGCGGAUCAAGUUUCUGUUGUUAUACCUUUGUUGAAACUCAAAAGAGCAACGAAGGUGGUGUUUUAUUGUCAUUUUCCAGACCUCUUGCUGGCUCAACACACAACGGCACUCCGAAGACUAUAUAGAAAACCUAUUGACUUCUUAGAAGAAGUUACUACUGGAAUGGCAGAAGUGAUACUAGUCAAUAGCAAAUUCACUGCAUCGACUUUUGCUCGGACAUUUAAGCAUCUUCAUACACGGGGAAUUCAGCCUGCUGUUUUAUAUCCAGCUGUCAAUGUGGAACAGUUUGAAGAACCUCAUUCUUUCAAGUUGAAUUUUCUAUCCAUCAACCGUUUUGAAAGGAAGAAGAACAUAGAAUUAGCCAUUUCUGCUUUUGCCAAGCUCCAAAGCCUUGGGGAUGCUUCCUUGACUGUUGCAGGCGGAUAUGACAAGCGAUUGAGAGAGAAUGUUGAAUACUUGGAGGAGCUUAGAAGACUAGCAGAAAGAGAAGGAGUGUCUGACCGUGUUAACUUUGUGACAUCUUGUUCCACCACCGAAAGAAAUAAUCUUCUCUCAGACUGUCUCUGUGUUAUCUAUACACCAAAGGACGAACACUUCGGCAUUGUCCCAAUUGAGGCGAUGGCAGCUCAUAAACCUGUCAUUGCAUGCAACAGUGGAGGCCCAGUCGAAUCCAUCAACGAUGGAGUUACAGGAUUUCUCUGUGAUCCAUUUCCGCAUGCGUUUUCGCAAGCCAUGGCCAAAUUCCUCGACGAUCCAGAGCUCGCAAAGAGUAUGGGACAAGACGCCAGGCAACACGUGUCAGAUUCAUUCUCUACUCGGAUUUUUGGGCAGCGCCUGAAUCAAUACGUUACCAGCAUUGCUGGCACUAAGCAAGAUUGAACUUCAACUUUUGUUGCAUACUUGGAUGAGCUUAAUACCAACAGCAUGAUUUUGCAAUUUUGUUCUCAGCCCGGCGCCCAUGGUGGUGGUGUUCUUGAACUCCAUACUUCCAAUUCUAGUUCGAGCUUAUACAACAAAAAAUACAACCUUUAUUUAUUGUUCAUAACUCGACAUUUACUGAAAAGAAAAACAGAAGGAAGACACAUAACCAGGUUGUUGAUGAUGUGGCGAGGUUUGCAGUUGAGUAAUUAUUAGGUUAAAUGUGAGAUUAUCAUGUAAUUUCACUCAUAC